AUGGGUUUCCAUAACGAAAGAGGCUUGUGUGUUCUCUGGAACCCAUCCAUUCAAAAAGCCAUAUCCCUUCCCAAGCCUAAUAUUGGAUUUGACCGUUCGUUACACCAAUCUGUUGGGUUUGGGUAUGAACCCACGACCGAUGAUUACAAAUUCGUGAGGCUUGAGUAUCUCCGAGACACUGAGUUUAGUAGUCUCAUAACUGUUCCACCUCUCGUUGAGAUUUAUACGCUUCGAACCGGCAUAUGGCGCUCUGUUACGGCACCCGGUCCUCCCGACGUCAUAAGGUAUUGGUCCCCAUCGGUUAUCGUGAAUGAGACACUCCACUGGUCCGCCCACACUCCAGACCAUCCACGGAAACAGAGCGCCUAUCGCAAUGUGAUCGUGUCGUUUAAUAUGAAGGAUGAGGCCUUCGGUGAAGUGGGUAUGCCUAAUAGCUUACAAGGGCUGGAAGACUUGAACGUUACUGUGGCGCUAGUUGAUGGGUUGCUUGCGCUUGUCCCUCGUGACGGCUAUGGUAACUAG